CAUUAUAUUUGAAGGCUUUUACAAUAGGGUAAAAUGUCCUCCUCCGCCGCCACCGCCGCUUCUUUCCCUCCUUCUACACCGGUCUCCGAUCGGUCUUCCGUUGGUCGUCGCCAUACUUAACCUAAACUGAUUCCCCCAAUAAUCGAAGCUCCAGCUGGUUUUCUCAUCAUCAGGUUAUUAUAUAUCUGGAUGAACGAGUCUUUUCAUGCCUUAUAUGAGUAAAAGUUAAAGAUGAAACCAAAUGCAAAUGACAUGUUGGGGGCACAAAGGGAAAGAAAGUUUCAGGGUCAAGGGCCAAAUUGGAUUCUCAUAGCAGGUGGUGCUUUAUUAAGUACAAUAUCAGUUCGUCUUGGCUACAGGCUCAAACAGGCCUUGGAUUCCAAACAGCCACAAAAUACCAGAAAUGGGUUAAAAGAGAAUGGGAAAUUUACAGGCAGAAAGAGGUCAAACUGUCGUUCACAUUCACAUUCAAACUUGUAUUGUUUUGAACAAGAUGAAGGUUGCUUCAAUUGCAAUUCUGGAACCGAAGGUGAUGCAGAGGUAAAACCACAACCAAAUGGCCAAUUGCAUACUGACUCCCAAAUGGCACUUCCAUUAGUAACAGUCUCAGCUCCCUUAUACACCAAAGAAAACGGCGUAAUGUGGGCGUCAUCACCUGACAGACUGGAAUUACCAAAGCCAUUCCACCACUCAAACAGCUCCGAUUCCCCCUGCGUGUCGGAAUCCGGUUCCGACAUCUUCAGCAAACGAGAUGUAAUCCAAAAACUACGACAGCAAUUGAAACGGCGCGAUGAUAUGAUACUGGAAAUGCAAGACCAGAUUGCGGAACUUCGGAAUUCGUUAAGCUCCCAGCAUUCCCAUUCCGCCCAUCUCCAAUCGCAAUUGGAAUCGGCAAACCGGGAGUUGUUUGAAUCGGAGAGGGAAAUCCAGAGGCUGAGGAAAGCGAUUGCGGAUAUCUGCGUGGGGAAUCAGAACGGGUAUUUGGAGGUCGAGAACGGAAUGGAAUCGGAGAAAGUGGAGAUGUUGAAAAGGGAAGUGGGGGAAUUGAAGGAGUUGAUUGAAGGGAAGGAUUAUUUGCUUCAGAAUUAUAAAGAGCAGAAGUCUGAACUUUCAUUGAAGGUCAAAGAGUUGCAACACAGGUUGGAUUCUCAUGUUCCAAAUAUUUUGUAGUUUUUUUUUUUAGUUUCUUGUGUAUUCUUUUCUUAUUCUGAUUAAUCGGAAAGCUUCAUUUUUUUUUUUUUGGUUUUUGUUUGGGUGUUUUUGGGUUUAAGGGUUUAUGAUUUUGUGUGUAUACGUAGAAGAAAACCAAAACCAUGGCUGAUUAUGGAUACAUGGAAAAAUCUUAGGAGAUCAAAAAUGAGGUGGAAAUACACUUAAUGUUUUCAUGUUAUAUUUUUUGUUUUAUGGUGGUUUUUGCCGGAGAUGAAUUACUUUUUCAUUUCAAGUAAAUAGAUUUGUUUUUUUUUUUU